GUUUCGCAGCACCACCACAUCGUCGACUACGAAUGAAAUAAUGUCGUUGCUAGCUGAUCCCCCACCAGCGGUAGUUCGCGAGCAUAAGGGCUAUCAGUAUCACAUAGGCAAGAAGCUAGGAAAUGGCGGAUUCGCAAUCUGCUACUCCGCUGAGCUACACCAGAACAACAAGUCUACCGGCAAAAUCGUUGCACUGAAGAUUGUCAAGAACCAGAAAGACAAGAGAAUAAUACAAAAAUUCGCCUCCGAGCUACAACUACACUCGAAGUUGCACCACCCUAACAUCGUAGAGUUCUAUCGCGCCUUUUCAUUUGAGGAGAACACAUACGUUGUCUUAGAGCUUUGCCACAAUGGGUCGCUUGCGGAUGCGCUUAAGCAGCGCAAGUUUUUCACUAUGCCGGAGAUACGACGAUUCCUGAUCCAGCUGUGCGGUGCCGUCAAGUAUCUGCAUUACCGCAACAUAGUGCAUCGAGAUUUGAAAACUGGCAAUAUACUCUUGGAUAACAACAUGAACAUCAAGAUUGCAGACUUUGGACUUGCCGCCGUGCUGGUAUCUUCAAAGGAUGUUGGGAUCAGACGGACUACGAUGUGUGGAACGCCCAACUAUCUCGCGCCAGAGAUUCUAGAGAAACAAGGACACAACGACAAGGCCGAUCUAUGGUCGAUAGGUAUCAUCUUGUACACACUCGCAGUCGGCAAAGCCCCGUUCCACUCUUCAAGCAAGGAAGAAAUAUACAAGAAAGCAUUGGCGAUGCGUUAUGAAUGGCCAGAUGUUGCGGUGCACAAGAAUGAUAUUUCAAAUGAUCUGAAGGAUCUAGUAAGCUCACUGCUGGUUUACGACGAAGAGGAAAGGCCUGGUCCGGACCAGAUUGUCAGUCAUGCAUUCUUUAAGUUGCAAUUUAUACCGGAGACUCUAGACAGUACAUGUACGAAGACCAAACCGAAUUGGCCUCCUGUGAAGCCUCCAGGCGCAGAAACAAUCAAAAGGGGAUACUCGGAGUCAUGGUUCAGACUUUGCAAGGCUUCGGGGGUUGGAGAGUAUGCUCCUGGACAGAUAUUUCCGCUCAAUGGCGCAAAACGCAUCAUUUCCAUCGUCAAAGACUGUGAGAGAGAAGUUGCGGCAGGACGAGCGCCCAUCGUGCCCAUGCCAAAGAAUUCAGUCUACUUGCCAUUUCCGGACAGAGACACUCUUUUGGACAGUGUCCAAAACGCGUCAAACGAUAGUGGCGAUGAAAAAAUAACAGCAAAAAAGAGCAGGAAACUGGUAGAGCUCAGUGGAAAUGAACGACCUAAUAAGACAAUUGGCGUGCGAAGCAUCCCUCAACAGACUUUGGACAUGCUGAAGGAAAACAUGGAUCCGCUGGUUGACGACGUGCAAGUUGUGGAACCUGUGCAGACGUUAAAGCGGCAGGCAAGCAACACAAAGAGACGAGUAGAAACCAAGCCGGUCUGUUCGCAAGCUGCAACAGAGAGGAGGGCGAUUCCAAGGAUUAAAGCCUCAGAAGCUCGACAAGUGGGAACUGUGAGAGCUCAAGAAGCUGAAGAAGAUGAGAUACCAGGGAAGCCAGCACUAAAUAGGAAACCGUCAAGAAGAGACGCGACCUCGAGAGAACAUGGAACAACCAAGAGGCAAGAAGAGAUCGCUGAAGUACCUUUAAGCACAAUCCGAGAAAGAAAACCCGCUGCUAUGGAUGCACCAGCGAGAAGAUUAGGAACGACGCGAAAGGUUUCCAGGCAAGAGAAACCACCUAAAACCAAACCGCCCACCGAGUUUGUCAUUAUUCAAGACAGCGAAUCAAGUUCCGCCGCCAGUCAACCUUCAAGUAAGUUGAAUUCAUGUACGGAUCCUUCAGAUGUGCUGGAGCGGGCAUCGCGGCUUAGAGACAACAUCGCCGCGGCACUGAAAGGCGAUCAGCCUAAAGGGAGGCGAGGAUAUAGGCCAUUUAAUUUACCAUUUGUUGCUAAAUGGGUAGAUUACGCACGGAAACAUGGUGUAGGUUAUGUCCUGGAAGACGGAACCAUUGGCUGCCUGUUCAACUCAACAUCAAAACACCCCGUUACUCAUGCUGUCGUCCGAGACGGAUAUCGGCACCUACAGCUAGUUGGUAAGGAUAUGGAGAGAAUCAACAGUGUACCAAUAGAAUACUGGGUCCAAAAUCCGAGGGAUGAGCUUCUGAAGGGAGCAUUGUCAUCCGAACGAAAGAAGACGGCUGGGAUCCUCUGGGCCAAGUUUGCAAAGUACAUGUGUGCUCAACUUGGCGAAUCGCAAGUUCAGAGCGAGACCAUCGUGGAUGCCAACGGUGAUCCGAUCUUCCCGCGGUUCUAUCAGAGGCUGGGUGCCGUUGGCGUCUGGGGCUUUAAUGACGGGGCUCUCCAGUUCAACUUCCCAGACCACACAAAGCUCGUCCUAUCCGCAGAUGGCACCUUCGUCAACUUCACAUGUCUCUCUGUCGAUGCCAUGGUCCAUCUCAAAGAGCACGGCGACCUACCAUUUAAGUACAUCCGCUCACGCGAGCUGCUUUCUGGUUCUCCUGCAGAGUUGAUGUUCGUCUCGGCAGCCAGCUCUAGAGAGAAGAUCUAUACCACGCAAGUAAAUCUGCUUCGCGACAAGCUGCAGUUUGUCGUCGAAGUUGUUGGUCAGUGGGUAGCAGCAGGCGGUUUGGGCUGCAGUCCAUCCAGCGACGUGCAGAGGGUUCAAUGGAAUGGGCCACAGCUCAGCGAGGGCAAGAAGGAGGAGUGGACGACCGUGGGUAGGUUUGGCGGGGAUAUCAGGGUCCAAUGACACCCACAGUCGAACCACGCAUUGUAGAUUUUUACUAUCGUUGACAUCUUGGUACUGUUCUAUCGGGUCUACGUCUUCGUGUUUCCUCCAGGAUGAAAUGGGUUGGUUUCCGAUGUUCUGCUGUCACGUAGAGCGUAAACGCUAUCAAAUGCCAAGACCAUUUUGCUGUUGCCUUCAGGAACGAU